CCCGUCGCGCUGGCCAUGUGGCUCCGGUUCGCCCCGCUGCGCCUGCCGCUCCGGCGGCGCCUCCAAACGGCCGCCGUCCUCCAGUGGGUCUUCUCCUUCCUGGCGCUGGCCCAGUGCUGCCUGGGGUUUUACCUGGUGCUGCUGCUCGGGGACGGCUGGCUGCUGGCCCUCGGCUACGCCGCCUGGCUCUACCUGGACUGGGAGACGCCGUCUCGCGGCGGGCGCCGCUCCUCCUGGGUCCGCGGCUGGGCUGUCUGGCGAUACUUCCGGGACUAUUUCCCCAUCACGCUGGUGAAGACGGCAGAGCUGGACCCUUCCCACAAUUACGUCUUCGGCUUCCACCCCCACGGCGUCCUGGUGGCCGGUGCCUUUGGGAACUUCUGCACUGAAGCCACGGGGUUCUCUCAGCUAUUCCCGGGGCUCACCCCUCACCUCCUGAUGCUGCCCUUUUGGUUCAAGGUCCCCUUCUUCCGUGACUACAUCAUGAGUGGGGGACUGGUCUCUUCAGAGAAGACCAGUGCUUCCUACCUCCUUGGCCACAAAGGCGGCGGGCAGGUGGCCGUCAUCGCCGUGGGGGGCCCGCCGGAGUCACUGGACGCUCGCCCGGGGGCUCUGACCCUUCAGCUACGCAGUCGCAAAGGCUUCAUCAAGAUGGCCCUGCGACACGGAGCAGCGCUGGUGCCAGUCUUCUCCUUCGGGGAGAACGAGCUCUUCAAUCAAGUCUCUAACCCGCAAGGCUCCAUCAUCCGCAGGCUGCAGGAACGGCUUCAGAGGGUCAUAGGGCUGGCCCUGCCUCUCUUCCAUGCUCGAGGCGUUUUCCAAUACAACUUCGGCCUGCUGCCCUUCCGGAGACCCAUCUACACAGUUGUGGGAGCUCCGAUUACAGUGCCCAAGAUGCCCCAUCCAUCACGAGAAGCCAUUGAUGAGCUGCAUGAGACGUACUUGGAAAAGCUGACUUGGCUUUUUGAGGAGCACAAGGCCAAGUAUGGGCUGCCCCAAGACAAGCACCUGACGCUCACCUAGCUGGGCAUGAAGGGCUGGCCUGGGACACCCAGAGCCACACCUGGGCCGGGCGAAAGGACUGCGCAGCUGCAGGAGGAGCCGGCACCGUCUUUUAGGGCAGCUUUCAUCAAAGAUGCUCUGGAAGUGUUGGGUUCAAGCUUCCCUCGUUGCCAGGCAGCAUCAGAGUGGUGCCCAGAGAAUGGCUGGGAGUGGAACUCUCGACCCUGCAGAGCUGGCAUCAAAGGCUGGUGAUGCCAAAGCCCCACCUUAAAAGCAAUUUUGCUGUCGGACUCUUGUGGGGAGGAGGGCAAACUCCUGGGCUGCUGCACAAACAGUCCUGUGUGCCAGGUACCCAACUGUGACAUUUCCUUUGGAAGAAAUAAAGUGAAGUACUCAA